CAGCUGUUGCAAACUGGCGUCUCGCUAAUUGUGGAUGAUGGAAAAUCGACACCGGAAACUGCAGCACGACGUCGUCCUGUCAGUGGCGGUGGCGGUGGCGUCAAACGGAAGCGUCGUCCACAGCUGCCGCUGGCCACAAUGGGCGCCACCGAGGAGGUGGAAACGGAGCAGGGAAACAACUAUUGGCGUGGUCAUGUGGAGGAUGAUCCUAGUGGGGCAACUGGAGGCAGACGCAAGCAGUUGCCCAUACGGGAACCAAUGGCCGCCUUGGAGCGGGAGCGAGAAAGAGACAGACAACGACAGCGACCAGAGACAGCAGCAACAUCAGCAGCAACAGCAGCAGCAACAGCAGCAGCAACAGCAACAGGAGUUGGCAGCAAUGGCAGCAAGGCCUAUAGACGACCUUAUGGUCAGGCCAAAAAGCAGGAGCAACAACAAGAUCUGCAAGCAACAGCAACAGUUGCCACAAGCAACAACAACAACAACAGCAAUAAGACGCCUGUAGAUUUGAAAAACAUUUUGAAGAAUUCGGGAGGCUUGAGUCUUAGUGAAAUAUUGCAGCAGAAGAAUCUAUCAUUGGAUGAUCUGCUCAAGGGCAAACAGAAUGCAUUGCUGGCGUUGCAAACAACAGCAGUGGCGCCACCUGCCGUUGCCGGUUACGAACCAAAGGCAACACAACAGCAACAACAACUGAACAACAGCAACAACAACAACAAGAAUAGUGUGCGACGCAUACCAGCUGCCUUUCUAAACAAUGAACAUGCAGCCGAAGAUCAACAGCAGCAACAAUUGCCGGCAAAACCGAGCAAAUUGCCGGCAUUGCAGCGUUUCAAGCUAUUUGGCGGCUCGUCACGUGAGGGCAGUUCGACGCGACGCAGCACGCCGGCAACAGUUGCUGCCACAGCGACAACAACAGCAGCAACAACGACAACAACAACACGCUUGCCGCUCUACAAAAAGCGACAACAAUUGCGCUCGACGCUCAAGCCGCCAGCAUUGGCAGCAACACAUGCCGACAACAGCAGCAGCAAUGAGCAAUUGCUUUACAACGAUAACAAUGAUGAUUUGGAAAACUUUUUCGAUGAAGUCGAAAGUAUUACACAUCAGACACGAAUUCCAGCCCCGAUAAAACCCACAACAAAUCGUGUCAAAAAUCGACAACAACAACAACAAUCGGAGCAAACAUUGCAACCAUUAGUGUUAAUGGAUGAUGUGGAUGAUCGUACCGAUUUAUUGGAAUUAAUCGAGGAUCGACGUUCGGGCAAUCGUUUAUUUAAGGUGCUGGAACAGCGCAAUAUGACAUUGGAGGAACUUAUCGAACAUCGUAAACGUGGCUCAAGUCAGUUGCAUUUAUCGACCAUUUUAAAUGGUGAUGAGCAUUCACGUUUUUAUCCGGGCCAAAAAGUUGUGCUCCAGGAUAAUAUGGAUAUUGUAACGGCAUUUGAGAAUUUUCCGCAUUUCAAUUUAAUCGAUUUAAAGAGCGUUAAACCGGAUGAGAUUAAAACGGAUUCUCAGGGUUCCAGUUAUUUCACAUCGAUCAUUGAUAUUGAGCCAAAUGAUAGUGCUGGCCUGGGCGGAAAUCGAGGUAUUACUGCAUUACGUCUACGACGUCAGCGUCAACGUCAGCGCGAGCAGCGACGACCCGCCUAUGGCCCCACAUCCCUGUUGGCCUCAACCUUGACCUCCCAACAACAACAACAGCAACAACAACGUGGUGAAAAAUCACUUGGAUUUUUUCCAUCCUGGAAAACUUUAGCGCUCGCCUCGCUGGCAACUGCCACAGCGGGAGGAGGGGCAGGAGCAGCAGCAGGAGGUGGAGGAGCAGGAGUUGCUGCUGCCAGCAAUGCCUACUAUUUGCCACCGCCACGCCUACUGCUCGACAACAGCAACAACAACAACAAUGCCGGCAAUUCACAGGAGCAAUCCGACAACAUUGAAAUCGAUUUGAGCAGCAAUGGCAAUCUAACAAAAUUAACACCCAGCGAUAGCAGCGAUAACAGCGAUGUUAUCGAUACCAUUGAGAACGAGGUGGCACGUGCCCACGAUCUGCUCGAUUUGGAGCUAUCCGGUCAUGGAUUUCAUCGCAGUCCGGCAGCAGCAGCUGCCACAUCGAUGUCGCAGCAACAGCAACACAUUGCCGGCAAUUUCUAUGCACAAAUGCCGGCGGGCAUACGAUCAGCAAUUGUGGCAAGUGCAGCAAUUGUGCUGACAUCGUUGGGCACAUUGCUGGUGAUCUUUGUGGUGUGCCGCUGGAAGCAACAUCGACGUCGCAAGUCGAGCUAUUUGAAGACGUACAAUGCAAUGAAAAGUAAAUUGCCACAAAUGGCAGCAGCAACAUCGCGUCGCUCCUCGUUGCGGCAACAUAUGGAGGAGUUGGUGGUAAGCAGUCACAACAACAACGGCAGCAGCAGCAACAAUAGCAGCAACAACAACAGUUGCCACAAUUCGCACAAGGGCAACAUAUUGGGCAUUGCCACCGUUUCAUGCAACACGCCCAUUCAUCAGUUGCAACGCCAAAGUUCGUUGCUAUCGACAACGCUCAGCACUUGCAGUUCCCUAACAACGCCAGCUGCAACAGCAACAUCAGCAACAGCAGCAACAACAGCAGCAGCAGCGACAACAGCAACAGUGGCAGCAACAGCAACAGCGGGAGGCGGUGGGCGUGGCGUUGGCUCAUUGGCAUUGACGUUGCGCAGCACACACCAGAAACUCAACACAAUGGAUCCAAAUUCACCCGAGGUGCAGGAAUAUCUAUUCGAUACAUUGCGCAAAUCAUUCGAUAAUUAAGGCUCUAGGCUCUCUCUCAAUUCAAACUCCUAGAUAAACCAACACAAACAACAACAACAACAACAACAACACUGUAGUGCUAUCUCGAUCCAAGUUUAGGCCAACUUUUAUAUAUAUACACCAACAAACAAACAACUAUUAUUAAUAUAUAUAUACGAUAUUAAUAUUAAUAUUAUACGCAAUGUUAGUUCAUUAACUAGUUUAAGCUGAAUGACAAUUUUUUUUGUGAAUGUGAAUUUUUUUUUUUUAGUGACAAAUUAAGUGAGAAAAAUAUUUAAAAUAAACUAUGGCAAUGGAAACUAGUGAAAGAGCAGUUGAAGACUGGUCUACAAAAUGCACUUAAGGGGAGAGAGAAGUUUAAUGAGAAGCAAAAAGAGAAGCGGGCAAA